UCAACCUAAAUGGCGACAUAAAAAUUCUGCACUCACCGACCAUAAUAAGCCAAAUCCUGCUGCAAAUAACCCAAGUUCCUAUAGGGUCAUCAGCUAUUUCCCACCUCAAUGAUGGCGAGAACGCCGGCCGACGCUCACAGCUCCACCACCGCCGUCCAGGCAACAAAUGACGAUGCGACCGCUAGUAAAUUGUCCUGUGUUAAAAAAGGAUACGUAAAGGAUGAUUUUGUUCAUUUUUUCGUUAGAAGGCCUGUUAGGAGAUCACCAAUAAUAAAUCGUGGGUAUUUUGCACGCUGGGCUGUUCUUCGGAAACUUCUUCAGCAGUUUUUAGAGAUUAAGGACUAUUCAAGUGAAAGAAAUCUCAUGAAGAAACAGAUAUUGUCUCUUGGAGCUGGCUUUGAUACAACUUAUUUCCAGUUGGUGGAAGAGGGAAUUGCGCCACAUCAAUAUGUGGAGCUGGAUUUUAAAGAGGUGACGAGUAAGAAAGCAGCCCUCAUAGAGCACCAUAGUCAGUUGAAGGAUAAGGUUGGAGAUGAAGCUUAUAUUUGUAAAGAAAGAGGUGAAGUUUUAGGUGAACAUUAUAAACUCCUCCCUAUUGAUUUGCGUGAUAUAAAUCAAUUGGAUAUGAUGAUGGAUCUUGCUCAAUUGGAUUGUAGUUUGCCAACGUUUAUAGUUGCAGAGUGCGUUUUGAUAUACUUGGAUCCGGAUUCAACAACUUCUAUUGUUAGAUGGGCUUCAAAAACUUUCUCAACUGCCAUAUUUUUUUCAUAUGAGCAAAUCCAUCCUGACGAUGCAUUUGGAGAGCAAAUGAUGAAAAAUCUUGAGAGCCGAGGAUGCCCUUUAUUAGGUAUAUACGCAACACCAACUUUAAAUACCAAGGAAAAACUCUUUCUUGAUCAAGGAUGGCAGAGGGCUGUUGCUUGGGAUAUGCUGAGGAUCUAUAAUGAGUUCAUUGAAGCUGAAGAAAAGCGCAGAAUUGAGCGGCUUGAGUUGUUUGAUGAGUUUGAAGAAUGGUAUAUGAUGCAGGAGCACUACUGUGUGGCCUACGCAGUCAAUGAUGCCUAUAGCAUCUUCAGCGAUUUUGGAUUCUCUAAGAUUAGUCCAUCUCGAGAACCAUAAGAGAGGUAAACUUUGGAGUUGCUUUAGUUCCUCAAAAUCUCUGCUUCUACUUAUUUUAAUGUUCAUGAAACCAAAAUUUUGUUACUUAUGUUGUGCUGUUUUAACUCUUAUAAUGAUUGCGUUUGUUAGCUGUGGCUUGCUUAAAGGAAGGCACAAUAUGUAUUGUUUUAUUUCUCUAUUUUAAUGUGAGAAUUGGUUUCCAAUGUGUAUUGUAUGCUUUCUAUCUAGAAAGACAUGGGGAUUGAUUGCUACCAUCACCUGUAAGGAAUUUAUUAUGGGUGUUCCUACAGGGAAUGGGUCAUCACGUGGCAAGUGGGACCUUUUUUUUUUUUCUUAGCAUUUAUAGGGUUAAGAUUUUAUCAUAAAGUGUCUCGUUGAAACAACUUUUUUAAU